AUGUCAUAUAAGGUACCAUCCGAAAGCGCGACGAAAAAUCCGGAUAUAUCGGAGACCCAAACCACAGAUGUGGAGGUAGAAGACGCUCAGCAAGACCCGAAAGCCUGGUUGUAUCAAUCCGAUAGAUCAGAGAUAACAGAACUUACACCCGUCGAAGCAUUCAAGUGGAAUGUUGAAGGAGACCAAUCACCUUUUCCUGAGGUUGCGGCUUGUGUUUCCAAUAAAGAUGAUCCGACGAUGGUUUGCAAUACUGUCCGGGCCUGGAUAUUAAUGACGAUCUUUGUCAUACUCUUCUCCGGUGUCAAUCAGUUCUUCGGCCUGCGAUAUCCCUCUCUCUCAAUCGGCUACGUUGUGGCUCAAAUCCUAGUCUUUCCUAUCGGUCGAGCAUGGGAAAAGCUUCCUAGGUGGAGGGUGCCUCUGGGAAUGUUCUCAUUUGAUAUCAACCCAGGGAAAUUUACUCUCAAAGAGCAUGCCUUCAUCGUUAUUUGUGUUAAUAUCAGCGCUUCCACCGCAUAUGCCCAGGGUGCUUUGGUGGCAAUUGUCAGUCCGGUGUAUUGGAAUCGUGACUUUGGAGCUGGAUUCUCCUUUCUAUACCUUUUGACAACUCAAAUGAUAGGAUUCGGUCUUACAGGUCUUGCUCGCCGAUGGAUCGUUUACCCUGCUGCCUUAGUCUGGCCAACAUCGCUGUCUUCGACUGUUCUCUUCCGGGCACUGCAUGAGCCCGAAAACCGUACGCCAGCUAAUGGCUGGACAAUUACCAGAUAUCACUUUUUUGGCUACGUGACAGUCUUUGCGUUCGUUUUGUUCUGGUUUCCUGACUAUAUCUGGACAAGUUUGAGUACAUUUGCUUUCAUUACGUGGAUUGUGCCUCAUAAUCAGAAAGUGAACACGUUGUUUGGGAUGAAUUCCGGCUUGGGUAUGCUACCUAUAAGCAUCGAUUGGACACAGAUAAACUAUGCCGGCUACCCACUUACAACCCCUUUCUACAUCACCUGCAAUGCAUUUGCGGUUGUUGUGCUAUUCUACUUCGUCGUGGCUCCUAUUCUGUAUUAUGCAAAUGUAUGGGAUAGUGCAUACCUUCCGCUCCUUUCAUCAAGCACAUUCGACAAUACGGGGGGCUCAUACAAUGUGUCUCGAGUGGUCGAUUCAGCUUCGAAUUUUGUCGAGAGCAAGUACAAAGAGUAUUCUCCAAUGUACCUUUCCAUGUCUUAUUCUAUCACAUACGGAUUAUCUUUCGCUGCAGUGACGGCAAUCGUGCUGCAUACCUAUCUCUACAAUGGCUCCGAAAUCUGGGCUAGGCUCAAGAACGCACAGCAUGGAGGUGAAGAUGUCCAUCGACGACUGAUGCGUGCAUACAAAGAAGUUCCAGAUUGGUGGUACGGCGUUCUCACACUGUUGGUGCUAGGGCUGGGUAUCUUGACGAUCAAGUUUUGGGAUACAGAAUUACCAGUGUGGGGCUUCAUCGUGGUUUGUUUCGGAUUGGCAGCGGCUCUGAUAGUGCCUGAGGGAAUCCUCCAGGGGACAACGAACCAACGCGUAUUUCUCAAUAUUAUCACGGAGAUGAUCGCCGGAUAUGCCUGGCCGGGAAAGCCAAUCGCUAAUUUGAUGGUGAAGUGCUAUGGUUAUAAUGCGGUCAAGCAUGGGAUGGACUUUGCGCAAGAUUUGAAGCUUGGGCAGUACAUGAAAAUACCCCCACGUGUUCUAUUCUUCGGUCAGAUAUAUGCUAGUAUUCUAGCAACAGCAACCCAGACUGGAGUCUUGCGAUGGAUGCUGGGACAUAUCACCGAUCUCUGUGAUCCAGAUAAUAAGCAACGCUUCACAUGCAGUGGUGCCAAAGUAAUGUACAAUGCCUCCUUAAUCUGGGGGACCAUUGGUCCGCAACGAAUGUUCCAGUCCGGACAAGUAUACAACAGACUUGUUUACUUUUUUCUCAUCGGACCCGUUGUAACUGGAAUAGUAUAUCUCCUUUACCGCCGCUACCCCAAUAGCUGGAUUCGCUACGUGAACGUCCCAAUCUUCUUCAACUCAGCGGGUAAUAUACCUCCCGCCACUACCACUCAAUACUCCCUUUGGUUCAUCGUCGGCUUUGUUUUCAACUAUCUGAUCCGCAAGCGGGCUUUUGAUUGGUGGAAGCGUUAUAAUUAUUUGCUGCAAGCAUCUAUGGAUACUGGCACAGCCAUUGCAACAGUCCUUAUUUUCUUCGCGCUCGGAUACCACUCAAUCGCGUUCAACUGGUGGGGAAACACAGUGGGAGCGAAUACUGAUGAUGAGCAUUCUGUUCCUUGGUUGACAGUUCCGACGGGAGGUUAUUUCGGGAAGGGACCCGGAGAGUUUUGA